GGGAGGGAGAGCCAGAGCUGCUGCUGCCGCCUUGUGCAAGAACUGCAGGGGAGGAGGACGCUGCCACCCACAGCCUCCAGAGCUCAUUGCAGCUGGGACAGCCCGGAGUGGGGUUAGUCAGCAGCUCGGCAAGCGCUGCCCAGGUCCUGGGGUGGUGGCAGCCAGUGGGAGCAGGAAAGGAAGCAUGUUCCCAGGCUGCCCACGCCUCUGGGUCCUGGUGGUCUUGGGCACCAGCUGGGUAGGCUGGGGGAGCCAAGGGACAGAAGCGGCACAGCUAAGGCAGUUCUACGUGGCUGCUCAGGGCAUCAGUUGGAGCUACCGACCUGAGCCCACAAACUCAAGCUUGAAUCUUUCUGCAACUUCCUUUAAGAAAAUUGUCUACAGAGAGUAUGAACCAUAUUUUAAGAAAGAGAAACCACAAUCUACCAUUUCAGGACUUCUUGGGCCUACUUUAUAUGCUGAAGUCGGAGACAUCAUAAAAGUUCACUUUAAAAAUAAGGCAGAUAAGCCCUUAAGCAUCCAUCCUCAAGGAAUUAGGUACAGUAAAUUAUCAGAAGGUGCUUCUUACCUUGACCACACAUUCCCUGUGGAGAAGAUGGACGACGCUGUGGCUCCAGGCCGAGAAUACACCUAUGAAUGGAGUAUCAGUGAGGACAGUGGACCCACCCAUGAUGACCCUCCAUGCCUCACACACAUCUAUUACUCCCAUGAAAAUCUGAUCGAGGAUUUCAACUCUGGGCUGAUUGGGCCCCUGCUUAUCUGUAAAAAAGGGACCCUAACUGAGGAUGGGACACAGAAGAUGUUUGACAAGCAAAUUGUGCUACUAUUUGCUGUGUUUGAUGAAAGCAAGAGCCGGAGCCGGUCAUCAUCCCUAAUGUACACAGUCAAUGGAUAUGUGAAUGGGACAAUGCCAGAUAUAACAGUUUGUGCCCAUGACCACAUCAGCUGGCAUCUGCUGGGAAUGAGCUCGGGGCCAGAAUUGUUCUCCAUUCAUUUCAACGGCCAGGUCCUGGAGCAGAACCAUCAUAAGGUCUCAGCCAUCACCCUUGUCAGUGCUACAUCCACUACCGCAAAUAUGACUGUGGGCCCAGAGGGAAAGUGGAUCAUAUCUUCUCUCACCCCAAAACAUUUGCAAGCUGGGAUGCAGGCUUAUAUUGACAUUAAAAACUGCCCAAAGAAAACCAGGAAUCCUAAGAAAAUAACUCGUGAGCAGAGGCGGCACAUGAAGAGGUGGGAAUACUUCAUUGCUGCAGAGGAAGUCAUUUGGGACUAUGCACCUGUAAUACCAGCGAAUAUGGACAAAAAAUACAGGUCUCAGCAUUUGGAUAAUUUCUCAAACCAAAUUGGAAAACAUUAUAAGAAAGUUAUGUACACACAAUACGAAGAUGAGUCCUUCACCAAACAUACAGUGAAUCCCAAUAUGAAAGAAGAUGGGAUUUUGGGUCCUAUUAUCAGAGCCCAGGUCAGAGACACACUCAAAAUCGUGUUCAAAAAUAUGGCCAGCCGCCCCUAUAGCAUUUACCCUCAUGGAGUGACCUUCUCGCCUUAUGAAGAUGAAGUCAACUCUUCUUUCACCUCAGGCAGGAACAACACCAUGAUCAGAGCAGUUCAACCAGGGGAAACCUAUACUUAUAAGUGGAACAUCUUAGAGUUUGAUGAACCCACAGAAAACGAUGCCCAGUGCUUAACAAGACCAUACUACAGUGACGUAGACAUCAUGAGAGACAUCGCCUCUGGGCUAAUAGGACUACUUCUAAUCUGUAAGAGCAGAUCCCUGGACAGGCGAGGAAUACAGAGGGCAGCAGACAUCGAACAGCAGGCUGUGUUCGCUGUGUUUGAUGAGAACAAAAGCUGGUACCUUGAGGACAACAUCAACAAGUUUUGUGAAAAUCCUGAUGAGGUGAAACGUGAUGACCCCAAGUUUUAUGAAUCAAACAUCAUGAGCACUAUCAAUGGCUAUGUGCCCGAGAGCAUAACUACUCUCGGAUUCUGCUUUGAUGACACUGUCCAGUGGCACUUCUGUAGUGUGGGGACCCAGAAUGAAAUUUUGACCAUCCACUUCACUGGGCACUCAUUCAUCUACGGAAAGAGGCAUGAGGACACCCUGACCCUCUUCCCCAUGCGUGGAGAAUCUGUGACAGUCACAAUGGAUAAUGUUGGAACUUGGAUGUUAACUUCCAUGAAUUCUAGUCCAAGAAGCAAAAAGCUGAGGCUGAAAUUCAGGGAUGUUAAAUGUAUCCCAGAUGAUGAUGAAGACUCAUAUGAGAUUUUUGAACCUCCAGAAUCUACAGUCAUGGCUACACGGAAAAUGCAUGAUCGUUUAGAACCUGAAGAUGAAGAGAGUGAUGCUGACUAUGAUUACCAGAGCAGACUGGCUGCAGCAUUAGGAAUUAGGUCAUUCAGAAACUCAUCAUUGAAUCAGGAAGAAGAAGAGUUCAAUCUUACUGCCCUCGUUCUGGAGAAUGGCACUGAAUUCAUUUCUUCGAACACAGAUAUAAUUGUUGGUUCAAAUUAUUUUUCCCCAAGUAAUAUUAGUAAGCUCACUGCCAGUAACCUUGCAGAACCUCAGAAAACUCCUUCUCACCAACAAGCCACCACAGCUAGUUCCCCACUGAGACAUCUCAUUGGCAAGAACUCAGUUCUCAAUUCUUCCACAGCAGAGCAUUCCAGCCCUUAUUCUGAAGACCCUAUGGAGGAUCCUCUACAGCCAGAUGUCACAGGGAUACGUCUACUUUCACUUGGUGCCGGAGAAUUCAAAAGUCAAGAACAUGCUAAGCAUAAGGGACCCAAGGUAGAAAGAGACCAAGCAGCAAAGCACAGGUUCUCCCGGAUGAAAUUACUAGCACAUAAAUUUGGGAGACACUUAAGCCAAGAUACUGGUUCUCCUUCCAGAAUGAAGCCCUGGGAGGACCCUCCUAGUGAUCUGUUACUCUUAAAACAAAAUAACCCAUCUAAGAUUUUGGUUAGGAGAUGGCAUUUGGCUUCUGAGAAAGGUAGCUAUGAAAUAAUCCAAGAUACUGAUGAAGACACAGCUGUUAACAAUCAGUUGAUCAGCCCCCAGAAUGCCUCACGUGCUUGGGGAGAAAGCACCCCUCUUGUCAACAAGCCUGGAAAGCAGAGUGGCCACCCAAAGUUUCCUAGAGUUAGACAUAAAUCUCUACAAGUAAGACAGGAUGGAGGAAAGAGUAGACUGAAGAAAAGCCAGUUUCUCAUUAAGACACGAAAAAAGAAAAAAGAGAAGCACGCAUACCAUGCUCCUUUAUCUCCGAGGACCUUUCACCCUCUAAGAAGUGAAGCCUACAACACAUUUUCAGAAAGAACACUUAAGCAUUCGUUGUUACUUCAUAAAUCCAAUGAAACAUCUCUUCCCACAGACCUCAAUCAGACAUUGCCCUCUAUGGAUUUUGGCUGGAUAGCCUCACUUCCUGACCAUAAUCAGAAUUCCUCAAAUGACACUGGUCAGACAAGCUCUCCUCGGGGUCUUUAUCAGACAGUGCCCCCAGAGGAACACUAUCAAACAUUCCCCAUUGAAGACCCUGAUCAAACGCACUCUACUUCAGACCCCAGUCACAGAUCUUCUCCAGAGCUCAGUGAGAUGCUUGAGUAUGACCAAAGUCACAAGUCCUUCCCCACUGAUAUAAGUCAAAUGUCCCCUUCCUCAGAGCAUGAAGUCUGGCAGACAAUCACUUCUCCAGACCUCAGCCAGGUGACCCUCUCUCCAGAACUCAGCCAGACAAACCUCUCUCUAGACCUCAGCCACACGACUCUCUCUCCAGAACUCAGUCAGACAAACCUUUCCCCAGCCCUCGGUCAGAUGCCCAUUUCUCUAGACCUCAGUCAUACAACCCUUUCUCCAGACCUCAGUCAUACAACCCUUUCUCCAGACCUCAGCCAUACAACCCUUUCUCCAGACCUCAGCCAUAGAACCCUUUCUCCAGACCUCAGCCAUACAACCCUUUCUCCAGACCUCAGCCAUACAACCCUUUCUCCAGACCUCAGCCAUACAACCCUUUCUCCAGACCUCAGCCAUACAACCCUUUCUCCAGACCUCAGCCAUACAACCCUUUCUCCAGACCUCAGCCAUACAACCCUUUCUCCAGACUUCAGCCAUACAACCCUUUCCCCAGACCUCAGCCAAACAACCCUUUCUCCAGACCUCAGCCAUACAACCCUUUCUUUAGACCUCAGCCAGACAAACCUCUCUCCAGAACUCAGUCAGACAAACCUUUCCCCAGCCCUCGGUCAGAUGCCCCUUUCUCCAGACCUCAGCCAUACAACCCUUUCUCCAGACCUCAGCCAGACAAACCUCUCUCCAGAACUCAGCCAUACGACUCUCUCUCCAGAAUUCAGUCAGACAAACCUUUCCCCAGCCCUCAGUCAGAUGCCCAUUUCUCCAGACUUCAGCCACACAACCCUUUCUCUAGACUUCAGCCAGACAAACCUCUCUCCAGAACUCAGUCAGACAAACCCUUCCCCAGCCCUUGGUCAGAUGCCCCUUUCUCCAGACCCCAGCCAUACAACCCUUUCUCUAGACUUCAGCCAGACAAACCUCUCUCCAGAACUCAGUCAGACAAAACUUUCCCCAGACCUCAGUGAGAUGCCCCUCUUUGCCGAUCUCAGUCAAAUUCCCCUUACCCCAGACCUCGACCAGAUGACACUUUCUCCAGACCUUGGUGAGACAGACCUUUCCCCAGACUUUGGUCAGAUGUCCCUUUCCCCAGACCUCAGCCAGGUGACUCUCUCACCAGACAUCAGUGACACCACCCUUCUGCCUGAUCUCAGCCAGGUAUCGCCUCCUCCAGACCUUGAUCAGAUAUUCUACCCUUUUGAAUCUAAUCAGUCAUUGCUUCUUCCAGAAUUUAAUGAGACUUUUCCUUAUCCAGACCUUGGUCAGAUGCCAUCUCCUUCAUCUCCUACUCUCAAUGAUACUUUUCUAUCAAAGGAAUUUAAUCCACUGGUUAUAGUGGGCCUCAGUAAAGAUGGUACAGAUUACAUUGAGAUUAUUCCAAAGGAAGAGGUCCAGAGCAGUGAAGAUGACUAUGCUGAAAUUGAUUAUGUGCCCUAUGAUGACCCCUACAAAACUGAUGUUAGGACAAAUAUCAACUCCUCCAGAAAUCCUGACAACAUCGCAGCAUGGUACCUCCGCAGCAACAAUGGAAACAGAAGAAAUUAUUACAUUGCUGCUGAAGAAAUAUCCUGGGAUUAUUCAGAAUUUGUACAAAGGGAAACAGAUAUUGAAGACUCUGAUGAUAUUCCAGAAGAAACCACAUAUAAGAAAGUAGUUUUUCGAAAGUACUUCGACAGCACUUUUACCAAACGUGAUCCUCGAGGGGAGUAUGAAGAGCAUCUCGGAAUUCUUGGUCCUAUUAUCAGAGCUGAAGUGGAUGAUGUUAUCCAAGUUCGUUUUAAAAAUUUAGCAUCCAGACCAUAUUCACUACAUGCCCAUGGACUUUCCUAUGAAAAAUCAUCAGAGGGAAAGACUUAUGAAGAUGACUCUCCUGAAUGGUUUAAGGAAGAUAAUGCUGUUCAGCCAAAUAGCAGUUAUACCUACGUAUGGCAUGCCACUGAGCGAUCAGGGCCAGAAAGUCCUGGCUCUGCCUGUCGGGCUUGGGCCUACUACUCAGCUGUGAACCCAGAAAAAGAUAUUCACUCAGGCUUGAUAGGUCCCCUUCUAAUCUGCCAAAAAGGAAUACUACAUAAGGACAGCAACAUGCCUGUGGACAUGAGAGAAUUUGUCUUACUAUUUAUGACCUUUGAUGAAAAGAAGAGCUGGUACUAUGAAAAGAAGUCCCGAAGUUCUUGGAGACUCACAUCCUCAGAAAUGAAAAAAUCCCAUGAGUUUCACGCCAUUAAUGGGAUGAUCUACAGCUUGCCUGGCCUGAGAAUGUACGAGCAAGAGUGGGUGAGGUUACACCUGCUGAACAUAGGUGGCUCCCAAGACAUUCACGUGGUUCACUUUCACGGCCAGACCUUGCUGGAAAAUGGCAAUAAACAGCACCAGUUAGGGGUCUGGCCCCUUCUGCCUGGUUCAUUUAAAACUCUUGAAAUGAAGGCAUCAAAACCUGGCUGGUGGCUCCUAAACACAGAGGUUGGAGAAAACCAGAGAGCAGGGAUGCAAACGCCAUUUCUUAUCAUGGACAGAGACUGUAGGAUACCAAUGGGACUAAGCACUGGUAUCAUAUCUGAUUCACAGAUCAAGGCUUCAGAGUUUCUGGGCUACUGGGAGCCCAGAUUAGCAAGAUUAAACAAUGGUGGAUCUUAUAAUGCUUGGAGUGUAGAAAAACUUCCAGCAGAAUUUGCCUCUAAACCUUGGAUCCAGGUGGACAUGCAAAAAGAAGUCAUAAUCACAGGGAUCCAGACCCAAGGUGCCAAACACUACCUGAAGUCCUGCUAUACCACAGAGUUCUAUGUAGCUUACAGUUCCAACCAGAUCAACUGGCAGAUCUUCAAGGGGAACAGCACAAGGAAUGUGAUGUAUUUUAAUGGCAAUUCAGAUGCCUCUACAAUAAAAGAGAAUCAGUUUGACCCACCUAUUGUGGCUAGAUAUAUUAGGAUCUCUCCAACUCGAGCCUAUAACAGACCUACCCUUCGAUUGGAGCUGCAAGGUUGUGAGGUAAACGGAUGUUCCACACCCCUGGGUAUGGAAAAUGGAAAGAUAGAAAACAAGCAAAUCACAGCUUCUUCGUUUAAAAAAUCUUGGUGGGGAGAUUACUGGGAACCCUUCCGUGCCCGUCUGAAUGCCCAGGGACGUGUGAAUGCCUGGCAAGCCAAGGCAAACAACAAUAAGCAGUGGCUAGAAAUUGAUCUACUCAAGAUCAAGAAGAUAACAGCAAUUAUAACACAGGGCUGCAAGUCUCUGUCCUCUGAAAUGUAUGUAAAGAGCUAUACCAUCCACUACAGUGACCAGGGAGUGGAAUGGAAACCAUACAGGCUGAAAUCCUCCAUGGUGGACAAGAUUUUUGAAGGAAAUACUAAUACCAAAGGACAUGUGAAGAACUUUUUCAACCCCCCAAUCAUUUCCAGGUUUAUCCGUGUCAUUCCUAAAACAUGGAAUCAAAGUAUUGCACUUCGCCUGGAACUCUUUGGCUGUGAUAUUUACUAGAAUUGAAUAUUCAAAAAUCCCUGGAAGAGACUCUUUAAGACCUUAAACCAUUUAGAAUGGGCAAUGUAUUUUACACUGUGUUAAAUGUUAACAGUUUUCCACUAUUUCUCUUUUUUUUUCUAUUAGUGAAUAAAAUUUUAUACAAGAAGCUUUUAUAAUGUAACUCCUUGCUACCAGUAAGUAAGAUAAUGGCUAUUACUUCUGCAUUAAUUUGAAUACAGAUAGGAAAAUAUCAAGAACCAACAAGAAAAGGGCUUAUCUUUCUUAAUGAUUAAAAAUGCUAUUAAGUAAUAUUUAUGUAGUUAAAAUGCUUCAUUAUAACUCUUUUAAAUCCUAUAUACACUAAUAAAACAGAUAUUACUUUAAAUAAUAAUUGAUAGACCUGGUAACUUUCAUUCCUACAUUUUUCUUUAGAAUAAUUAUGACUUAAGAGCAAAGGAAACAAACACAUGAUUUUUUAAUGGUUUUUCUUGACAGUGAAGAGAAAAACAAUAUUAUCAAAUAAAAUAAGUACUUAAAAUAUCCUGUCUUUCCUAUAUAACAAUGAUUUUUCUGACUUUCCAUGAGUAAAGAAACAGCCAAGCAUCUUUUCAGUAGCCCCAUUGAAAUUGUGAAUCCGUCCUGGUCUCCCUAAGGACUGCACACAUUGAUAUUCAAGGUUGGUGGUCAUUACAUAUGGAACAGAACUAAAAUAACCAUGGUAGAACUGAAUGUGUAAUGUUGGCUUUAUUCUAGCUGGUACUACAUGGCACACAGUUUCAAAACAUAAUUUCACCUACGGGAAAGCUCAGACCUGUAAAACAGAGCAUGGGAACUGCUGGUCUAAAUGCAGUUGUUCCUGCUCAAAGAGACCUCUGGCCAAACUGGCAAGCAGUUAAAGUUUACUUUCAGGGCCCUCCUCUCUAUGGCCUCAACUUCCUCCUCUCUCUUCUUCCAGCAACUUCCCCUUUCAUCAUUUCUUUCCCUGGGGACUUGGCAUUCAGUGAUCCUGUAGAUAUUGCACAACUGGGCAAACUUUAGACAUCCUUAAAGUCACAUGAGAUAGACAGUCAUUUGGGAUGUCUGAAAUAAACCAUCACAAAACUUAGUGUUAAAACAGCAACCAAAAAAAAUUUAUGUGAGAUUAUGGAUAUGUUACUUAGCUUGAUUUAAUCAUCCCAUAACGUGUACAUAUAUCAAAAUGUUAUGUAUACCAUAAAUAUACACAAUUUUAUCAACGGAAUUCAUAACAAUCUCUCAGGCCACAGUGCAAUCAAAUUAGAACUCAGGAUUAAGAAACUCACUCAAAACCACACAACUACAUGGAAACUGAACAACCUGCUCCUGAAUGACUACUGGGUAAAUAAUGAAAUUAAGGCAGAAAUAAAUAAGUUCUUUAAAACCAAUGAGAACAAAGAGAUAACAUACCAGAAUCUCUAGGAAACAGGGCUUCGCUUUUGCCGCAUUCCAUUUGUUGUGAACACAAAUUACAGGCCAGUCUAGAUUCAACAUAGAAGGGAACUGCAUAAGGACCACAUACCAGGAGGCAUAAUUCACUGGGAGCAUCUUUAGCAACUACCAGAGUUACCUGUUGCCCAUACCAGUGGGGUAAGCCCUAUGAAUGUAUAUGAGAGUUUCAAACAUCCACAAAACAUUGGCUUUCUAAUAUUUGUAUUCCCACUAUUCCUUUCUUUUCAUGAUUCAUGUCAUUGUCCCAUCAACAUUUCUAAGAUUUCCAUUCUGUUAUGAGCAAAAGAGAAUGUUAGAAGGUAGGGGAAACAUUUCUUUGUUUUCUACAGAGCCAGCCUCAUGGAUGUGUGUGAUCUGUUCAGUUGCAAAGGGUCCCAUGCUCAGAAGGACCACAUGCUUAAUUUAAUGCUUUGCAGUUACCCUCUUGAAAUCCUUUAUUUUUUAAGAAGGAAUUCAACGUUUCCAUUUUUCAAUGAACCCCACAAAUUACACAGCUAGUCCUGGGCUUCUCUACUGUGAAAUUGGGCAGGAUCUCUCUUGAUCUAGAAUUUACUAAGGCAUAAUAGGGGCAAAAAAAUCAUAUGAAAUAAUGGGGGGUAGGGAAGAGAUGGGAAUGGAGCAUGAGAUCCAGCUUUGUUAUCCUCUACUUGAGAAAAAUAAGGCACCAAAGAUUAAACAACUUACCCAAGGAUAUUGCUUGUUAGUGUCAGAACUGAAACCAGAAACCAAAUGAUCAUACCCCUAGCCUUUUAGUCUGGUUUCUCUUCCAUAAAAUGAAAAUUAUAAUGUUUCUAAUCCAUUACUCAGACAGACAUGAAUAUUAAUUGAUAAUGACUAUUAAUUGAUCUGGAAAAUACUUGUUUGGGGAUCAAUAAUAUGUUUGGGCUAUUAUCUGAUGCUGUGUAGAAAUAUUAAAACCCCUCUUAUUUUGAAAUAAAAAAGAAUUUCUACUUUUUA